AUGACGACACACGUCCGCAUCCGUUCAGUCUUACUAGGAAAGGCGGCAGUUGCAAACCCGGCCGUCAUUUCCCUCAGCCGCAGUAUCGCGCUCAUUGUCUUGAUCACCGUCGCCGCAAUCUCCGGAGUUUGCUCCGCUCCGCCUCCUCUUUCCGCUUCGAAUCCGCCCGAACGGCCUUCCGCGUCGCCGCGCCUCCGGCGGAGCCUCCGACCCCGCCUCCCCUCCGCGGCCCAUGCGGAAUUCUCUUCUCCCCUCACCGCCGCGCAAGCCGCGCCUUGCGGAGCUGCUGCUGUUGCGACAACCAGACGCGCUACUUUGAGCGGCGGCGAUUUCCGUCGCGACGAGUCGCUGGACGCGCUGCGACGACGUAGGCGACUGGGCGGCAAAGUCGACGGGUGGAAUCUGUCGCUGAGGCAGUACGCGCUGGCGGCGAAUCGCACGCGUCGCAGGGACCCGCUGAACGGGAUGCGCGUGUACGAGGGCGGCUACGACCCCGCCAACCUGCACUACUGGGCCUCCCUGGGUGUGACAGCGGGGGGCGGGUUUGCAGUGAUGCUGGCGGGGGCCAUACUGCUGCAGAAGAGCAUGGGGAUGGUGAGGGACGGAGCAGUGGAGCGAGUGGGAGCAGUGGUGAAAACGGUAUACAAUGUCUCCCAGGCCAUGGCGGGGCUUACAGUGGUGGACGUUGAUGCGGUGGAGAGGUGCGCGGAGCUGUGGAGAGCUGCGUGUGGUGCUGGCAGGCCCAUCUACUCCUCCCUCCCUCCCUCCCUCCCUCCCUCCCUCCCUCCCUCCCUCCCUCCCUCCCUCCCUCCCUCCCUCCCUCCUCCCUCCCCCCUCUCCACUGUAUCAUCCCUACAGACAGGGCGGGCGUGCUACAGCGAGCGAAGUUCAUGUCCCUCUUUGCCAUGGGAGCUGUCAUCACAGCACUGGGCGUGGUUGGCGUGGGUGAGUGCUCCGUUGCCCCUCCACGUGUAUAAACGUUCGCUUUCAGUUGGAUUGAAUCAUUGCCUAUUGCUCUUUCAUUCAACCCCUGCUGCUUGCCUCAACCGCUCCCUCCAUUCCCUCGUUCUCUCUCCCCUUUCCGCUCCUCUCUUUGUUCCCCUUCUUGAUGCGCCUUUUCCUGGUGCCCUGCUUCGCCUCUAUCAACGUCCUUGCCUCUUCACUUCCGUCGUUCCAACCCACCCUCUCCCCCGCUGCCCGGGUUUCCCAAUGCGCUGUCCCUACUACUGCAUCAGCAUCAACACCACCCUCGCCCUUCUGUCUCCCUGCUCCCCGCUAUGCCUUCCUGCAGUCCUUGCGUUGAUCAAGCUGGUUAUCUUAUCCAACAUCGUCAUCACCAUCAUGUGGGUUGUGGCGGUCGUCUCGUGGCUUGAAGGCGACACAGCACUGGCAGCAAACGAGAUACUUCACGACCCCUCCCUGCAGCAUGACAUCCUGGGCUCGCUGCCCUGCUCUUCUCAGCACAGCCUUGCCUCUGUGCGUGCCAGCAUCCUCGCUGCCAGCGCGCAGGCCACCAGCCUUGUCAACUCCACCGUUGCCACCAGCUACCCCCAGGUGCUGCAGCAGAUGCCAGGAGGACCCUACAGCGCUGUGUGUGUGCCGUACGCCCCUGCGCCCUCCUACACCCCCACCACGUGCCCUUCCACCGCCAUUGACCUGCAGAGCUUCGCUGCUAACCUGUACGGCCCGGCAAGCAGCGGCAUGGCAGUGGGAGUGGUGGAGGACAUAGCAGCAGUGAGCAUGGGCAACCUGUACGGCCCGGCGAGCAGCGGCAUGGCAGUGGGGGUGGUGGAGGACAUAGCAGCAGUGAGCAUGGGAGUAGCGGCACUCGGCGGUUCCCUCGCUACUAUGGGCGCCGCUGCCAACUGCUCCUACGUCCUCGACUCCUUGCAUGUGCGUCUGCGUGGGCAGAGAGGCAUGAAGGUAGAGAGGGGAGGGGUUCGGGAGAUGUUUUUCUUCGAGUAUGCCAUGGACCAGGGCGACCGCAUAGAGCUAGACCUGCAGCUGCUCUGGAUUGGCUUCCUCAUCCUCUCCCUUGCCUGCAUGCUGCCGUCCCUUCUCGUCUCCCCUCACUCCCCACCUUGCUUUCACUCCCCUACCCUAUCCCACCGCCCCCCUUGGCACAAACACCAGUAUGCCAUGGACCAGGGCGACCGCAUAGAGAUGAAUCUGCAGCUGCUCUGGAUUGGCUUCCUCAUCCUCUCAGUGGCCUGCAUGCUGCUCGCCCUUUGCAUCCCUGUUUACGUGUACCGGGCCGUGCGACUGGGACCCGAGCCUGAAAAGAAGGGUGAUGCUGCCGACCCUGACAGUCCCGCCCGCUGCUCCCCGCUGAAUGCCGAUCGCCUGCCUGCUGCUUCCACCACGCAUGUGCCACCCGGUCUGAAACCGCCGCGCGGGACGCGGGCGCGCGGAAUGAGCUACGCGGGGGAGGGCGAGGGGGAAGGGGACGGCGCGGGGUCCGGCGCGGCGGGGCGGACGGCGUUCCGCGUGGCGGAGAAGCGGUUCAAGCUGGUGAAGGAGGACACGGGGCAGCGCCGCCGACGGCGCGGGCAGCAGCGCGGGCAGGGCUCGGACGCGGCGGCGGGCGAGGGCGGCAGCGCAGAGGGCGCGCUGGCGGGCGCGGUGGACUUCCGCGCGCUGGAGCAGCGCUUCCUGGCCACGGGGCACCUAGCUGACACCGCUGCCCCUGCUGCUACAGCCGCGGCGGGUGCUUCUGGUGGUGCUGGUUCUGCUACAGCCGGUGGUGAUGGGGCGGCAUGUGUGGCGGCGGUGGCUGUGAGCAGCAUCGUGCGAGAGGAGGGCGCGGCGGGGCUACCGUGCCCCGUGUACACUGUGCAGGGCAGGCCCGGGUUCUUCUUCCUACCUGGAGCACUGACGGUGCAGCAGCAGGCGCAGCUGAUUCAGGAGGCAGUGCAGGGGAGCGUAGAGCCGCCCAACCGCACCAACCACACCGCUGCCUUGGGUGCCAUCCACGGCCUCUGGCCUGCCUUCGCCCUCUCCUGUGCUGCUGCCUCUGAUCAAGGCAGCACGGAGCAUGGUGGUGGUGAUGAUGGCGGUGGUGGUGGUGGUGGCAGCAGCAGCAGGAGGCGUGUCAGUGCUGUGUUGCGGCCGUGUGUGGGAGGAGGAGAGGCAGAGGGGGUUCAGUGUGCGGGCAAGAGGGGCAUGGGUGGGGAGGCGAGGGAAUGGGGUGGGGAGAAUGGGUGGCGGGGUAUUGCAGUGGCAUUUCUGCAUGGCGUGCCUAUUCUCUCCUCUCUCCUUGCGUCAUCUCCCCUCUCCCUCCUCCUUCCUUAUACCAUAACCAUCCUCUGCUUGCUUACCAUAAACCAUUCUCCACCAUUCCUCACCCCCGUCCCUCGCACCGUCUCCCUUCCACAGCGCGCCUAUGACCCCUCGCUGCCCUUCCGCCCCUUCCCAACCUUCCUCGCGCACCUCGCCUCACGCCUGGCGGCACCUGCCAUGCCCUCUGCGCAUGCCACCUUCUCCCCUGAAGCCGCCAUCGUCAACUUCUACCAUCCAGGUCUGCCUCCCUCUUCCCCCUGCCUCUGUGCCGCCCUUGCUUGCCCAGAGUUAGGACUGUGGACAUUGUCGACUGCCUGUCCCACCAUCCCUCCCCUCCCCCCCUCACUCCCCUCUCUCCCCUCCCUCCCCUCCCUCCCCUCCCCUCCCCUCCCCUCCCCUCCCCCCCCCUUCCCUCCCUCCCCUCCCCUCCCCUCCCCUCCCCUCCCCUCCACUCCCCUGCCGUCCCCUCCCCUGCCCUGCCCUCCCCUCCCCUCCCUUCCCCUGCACGGCGCGCCUGUCCCCGGGGUGCAUGCGGGCAUGGGAGCACCAGGGGACAUGCUGGGCGGGCAUGUGGACGACAUGGAGGCGGACUGGACCAAGCCCAUCGUCAGCAUCAGCGUGCUUCUUUCCCGCCCAUUCCCUUCUGUCCGCAUGUGCUGUGUGGCCCUGCACACCACACUCUCGGGUGCAGGGCGGUGUUCCUUCUGGGGGGUGUUUAAGACGCCUCAAAAUCUGGGGAGCAAGGCGGUGUUUCUGCUGGGGGGGCGCACGCGCGACGAGGCACCCAUGGCGGUGGUGGUGCGCAGUGGCGAUGUGCUGCUCAUGGCGGGGCCCUGCCGGGAGUGCUUCCAUGGAAUCCCGCGUAUCUAUUCUGACCCGCAUGAGGCGGACAUCCCUGCUGAGCUCCUCGCUCCGCUCUCUGCUGGGGGUCUGCUCCCUGCUCCCAUGCGCGCACUGCUGCCCACUCUGCGAAUCAACAUCAAUGUGCGCCAGGUGUACUGA